AUGGAAGAAACCAAAGGAGAAGAGAUGGAAAGCGCGAGUUGGAAGCAAAGCGAAGAAGGGUUGAUGAAUGACAAGAAGCAGAUCUUCAUAUUAUCUGGGCAAAGCAACAUGGCCGGAAGAGGAGGCGUUAGCGUAACCCCACACAAGAAGUGGGACGGAGUGGUACCUCCUGAGUGCCGACCUGACCCUUCGAUCCUUCGAUUGAAUGCGGGGUUGCAGUGGGAAGAGGCCCAUGAACCCCUUCACGCCGACAUAGACAACAAGAAGGUCUGCGGAGUUGGACCUGGCAUGUCCUUUGCCAAUGCCAUCCGAUCCAGAGGUUUGAACGUUGGCGUGAUUGGACUGGUGCCGUGCGCCGUGGGUGGGACAGCGAUCAAGCAGUGGGAGCGAGGGCAGCAUCUGUAUGAGAAAAUGGUGAGGAGGGCCAAGGAAUCGGUGAAAGAGGGAAGUGGCGAGAUCAGGGCCGUGGUUUGGUACCAGGGUGAGAGCGACACCUCCUCCCAACACGAUGCCCACUCCUACAAGGCCAACAUGGAGAAACUCAUCCGAGACGUCCGUUCCGAUCUCAAUUCCCCUUCUCUCCCUUUCAUCCAGGUCGCGAUUGCUUCUGGGGAUGGGCGAUUCAUAGAGAGGGUAAGAGAAGCACAACUUGGAAUCAAUCUCAAUAACGUUAUAUGCGUCGACGCGCAAGGGUUACCGCUCAAGGAAGACAAUCUGCAUCUCACAACAGAGGCUCAGGUUCAGCUUGGGAACAUGUUAGCCGAUGGAUAUCUCACCCACUUCGCAUCAAGUGCUACUUGUCCCACUCCCACCACCUGA